CAGUCGCGUGAAACUGACCGUAGCCAAUCCCAAUGUAAACGACGGAGUGGAAGAAUGAGAAACUGGAGUGUCAAUGCAAUAAUAAAUAAAAAUCAGUCUCAGGAGCUUAUCAUUAACAUAAAAAUGAAAGCGUCAAUCAGAGGCUAGAGAAGGAGAGAGAGCUUCUCAAGAUAUUCCAUUUUUAUAUUUCUCAAGUCUAACAAACAAACAAAAUGAAAGCUUGAAGAUCUAAAAGUUUUUUUUUUUUUUUUUGAGUUGAAGGCAAAAGGAAAAUAAUGGGGUGUACAUUUUCAGGGUUGAAUGCUUUAUACGACGCCGUGAAUGGGGGAGGGGACGUUUGGAUCAACGACAACAGGUUCAGGAUCGUGAGGCAGCUGGGUGAAGGUGGGUUCGCCUAUGUUUACCUGGUGAAAGAAGUGAUGUCCGAUUCCUCUUCAGCCGGUGGCUUAGCCAAAAAAGUCAAGGACCCUUCUCAUCUUUCUGAUGAUGGAACUUAUGCAAUGAAGAAAGUUCUCAUUCAGAAUAAUGAGCAGUUGGUAUUGGUUCGGGAGGAGAUCCGUGUUUCAUCCUUGUUUAGUCACUCUAAUCUGCUUCCGCUUCUUGAUCAUGCUAUCAUUGCUGUUAAGCCUACACAAGAAGGGUCAUGGAAUCAUGAAGCAUAUUUACUAUUUCCUGUUCAUUUGGAUGGAACAUUACUGGACAAUUCCAAUGCUAUGAAAGCUAAAAAGGAGUUCUUUUCUACCUCAGAUGUUCUUCAAAUAUUUCGGCAGUUGUGUGCAGGACUCAAACAUAUGCACAGUCUUGAGCCUCCAUAUGCACAUAAUGAUAUCAAGCCUGGUAAUGUUCUUUUAACCCGUAGAAAAGGGCAAUCGCCCCUUGCUAUAUUGAUGGAUUUCGGGAGUGCUCGUCCUGCAAGGAAGCAAAUUCGCUCUCGUUCUGAGGCACUACAGCUUCAGGAAUGGGCAUCUGAGCACUGUUCAGCACCUUUCCGAGCUCCUGAGUUGUGGGACUGCCCUAGCCAUGCAGAUAUUGAUGAGAGAACUGAUAUUUGGUCAUUGGGAUGCACUUUAUAUGCAAUAAUGUAUGGGGUAUCCCCAUUCGAGUAUGCACUUGGAGAAUCUGGAGGAAGCCUUCAAUUGGCCAUUGUAAAUGCACAGAUUAAGUGGCCUGCUGGACCUAAACCACCAUAUCCAGAACCUCUUCACCAAUUUGUGACUUGGAUGCUUCAGCCUCAGGCGGCUGUUCGCCCUUGCAUGGAAGAUAUCAUAAUUCAUGUUGACAAGUUGAUCUCAAAGUUUUCACAGUGAUAUCAUAUGGGGUGAGAAGGAAAGGGCAUACAACCAGUGAUGUACAAGUUCACCAUGCACAUUCCAGCAACUUGCAUGUAAACAUCAGUUACUUCUUAUGUCUUUUAAAUACUUCAGAAGUGAAAAAAAUCUGUGAAAGCAAUAGCAAUUAUUAUAUGUUACAUAUGUAAUCCUGUUUGGAGUAGUUGUGCAUUAAUUCGUUCAUGAUCUAUAAUUUAUUGAAGUCCAUAUCUCCCUCUGCAUCCAAGAUUCAAUUUUAUGGGAAAACCUCAACAAUCUGUGUUAUCCAUUUAGUCCAUGUUUCAGGUAUCUUAGAUUUUUCUUUUUUUUUUUUAUAAAUUUUUUAAUUGCAGACCUAUUUAAAGUUA